AUGCCUCCCCUCCCUGUCCCCCUCUUGACACUGCUACAGCUUGUAGCACUGACUUGUGUGAGCAGUGGAGCUUUCUACGGACACAAGCAACACCCUCAGCCGUACCAGCCAAUGCAGCACCUCCAACACAUGGGCAUGGGUAAAGAAGGCUAUCCCCAACAACAGUACCUUGGAAAGGAGGUGCCCUUUAUGCAGUAUCCCCACUACAGGAAGGAGCUUCCUCAGAUGCCCAUGCAUAAAGGCAAAGAAACUGGUCGCAAAGGGGGCACCUAUAAUGGUGGCCAAGACAAAGGUCAGACAAUCCCAAGUGGUGCUGAAGGAAUUCCCCAAGGAGAGCCAGGACCAGCUGGGCCACCUGGCCCAGAGGGACCUCCAGGACCUCCUGGACCACCAGGUAAUGGGCAACCGGGACCUGCAGGACGCCCCGGGAUCCCCGGUCCACCAGGAGUGCCUGGAACAGGCAAACCAGGUUUGCCAGGACUGCCAGGCAAGCCAGGAGGAAAUGGUGAUGCUGGGCCACAAGGAGAAAUGGGCCCAAGGGGAGAAGAAGGGCCAGCUGGUCAGCCAGGGCCUCAGGGUCUUCCAGGACCACCUGGUCUACCAGGAAUAGGUAAGCCAGGGGUGCAAGGAUUACCAGGCCAACCAGGGCCCAAAGGGGAGCCGGGUCACAAAGGUCUGCCAGGACUUCCUGGAUUACCUGGACCCAAAGGAGACAAGGGUAUGGGUCAGCCCGGACAACCUGGUCACAAAGGGCUCCCAGGGCUCCCAGGACCUGCUGGCCCAAGGGGGCUGCCUGGCUUUGGAAAACCUGGAUUAAAUGGGGCACCAGGGCCUCAAGGACCACCAGGUGACAAAGGACACCCUGGAGAGCAAGGACCAACGGGGCUACCUGGUGAAGGAGGACAGCCUGGUCCUCCUGGUGUACCUGGUCAAGGGAAGCCAGGCCAAAAUGGCCUGCCAGGACAGCCAGGCAUGCCAGGUGGGAAAGGUCAUCCCGGACCACCAGGUUUGCCAGGAAAACCUGGGUUACCUGGAUUUGGUAAACCAGGAAUGCUAGGACCAAAGGGUGAUAAAGGUAUGGGUGGGCCACCUGGAUCUCCAGGACCAAAGGGAGAUAAAGGCCAUAGUGGACUACCUGGUAUGCUUGGUCCCCCUGGGCCAAAUGGCCCACCUGGUUCUCCAGGUCCCAUGGGACCCCCAGGAGGUCUAGGUGCACCUGGUCUCAAAGGAGACUGUGGAGAAGGAGGACCUAAAGGACUUGCUGGUGCUAAGGGUGACCCAGGUCCCUCUGGGUUACCUGGCAAGGAUGGUCUGCCUGGAGAGAUUGGGGAGCCAGGACCAAGAGGUCCACCUGGGCCAACUGGUGCCAAAGGAGAUGGUGGGCACAAAGGUCUAUCUGGUACACCUGGUCCUCCUGGACUUCCUGGGCCAAAGGGACAAGGUGGACUACCUGGUGAGUUAGGACCUCAAGGUCCUAAAGGAAUCCCUGGAAUGGAUGGUGCAGCAGGACCAAUUGGGCCUCCUGGCCUUCCAGGGCCAAAAGGAGAUCGUGGUCAACCUGGUUCACCAGGCAUUGCAGGUGAAGGGAUUCCAGGUCUUAUCGGUCCCACUGGACCACCAGGGAAAGAUGGCCAAGCAGGACCCCGUGGACAACCAGGUCAGCCCGGACCUCCUGGACCACCAGGCCCACCAGGAGAAGCUGGUCUGUCUCCUGACAUGGCUGGAGUGCUCUCACAGAUGGGCCCUGGACUAGAUGGCGUUAAGGCUGGUACUUAUGGUAAGAAGGGCAAGUUUGGAGGCAAUGGGGCAGAAGUGAUGGGUGCCAGUGGGUUGGAAAUGCCAGCAUUCACAGCUGUAGUAACAACUCCCUUUCCACCUGUGGGCACUCCAGUCGUCUUUGACAAGCUCUUGUACAAUGGUCGCCAAAACUACAACCCCGAGACAGGAAUAUUCACCUGUGAUAUGCCUGGCAUUUAUUAUUUUGCCUACCACUUUCAUUGCAAAGGAGCUAAUGUGUGGGUGGCUUUGAUGAGGAACAAUGAGCCAGUGAUGUAUACAUAUGAUGAGUACAAAAAGGGUUUCCUAGAUCAAGCAUCAGGGAGUGCAGUAUUACCUCUCCAACCUGGAGACACUGUGUAUGUUCAGCUGCCUUCGGAUCAGGCUGCAGGACUUUAUGCUGGGCAGUAUGUGCACUCCUCCUUUUCCGGGUUUUUGUUAUAUCCGAUGUAA